AUGAAGAUCGCGAUCCUCACCUCUGGAGGUGACAGCGCCGGCAUGAACGCCGUCGUGCGUUCCGUCGUGAAGGCUGCAAUCCUCAAGGAAUGCGAGACUUGGAUCGUGCGUGAAGGCUACGAAGGUCUCGUUCGAGGGAACACGGAGUACGCUGAAGCCCGGAAGGCAGGCUCCGUAGAAGACGCAAGAUUGCCCGCCGGCUCGAAAGAGAUUGCCCCCGCCCACUAUAAGAUACAGCCCACGGAUCCCUACUUCCUUCAUAACCUCCGUUUCGGCGAUGGGCCACUUCUCAAAGAUGGGACGGGAGAUUACGGCUCUAGUGGUAAACGGACACUCAAGGGAAGAUACAUUGUGAGAGUUGGAUGGGACGAUGUCAGGGCCUGGUUUGCAGAGGGAGGUACUCUCAUUGGCACCGCACGUUCAGCUGCCUUCCGGACGCGCGAAGGCCGCCUGAAGGCCGCGCGUAAUCUUAUUCUUGAAGGGAUUGAUGCUCUAGUCGUUUGUGGGGGUGACGGUUCACUCACCGGUGCUGAUGUCUUCCGCGCAGAAUGGCCUGGGUUGUUGACAGAGCUCAAGGCCACUGGUCUCAUAAACGAUGAACAGAUCGAAAAGCAUGCUCACCUCAGGAUCGUUGGUCUUGUUGGAUCCAUUGACAAUGAUAUGUCGCUCACCGACCUUACCAUUGGCGCACCGACGGCUUUACACCGAAUUUGCGAGGCCAUCGAUAACAUUAACUCCACCGCCUUCUCUCAUUCUCGUGCAUUUGUGCUUGAAGUCAUGGGUCGCCACUGCGGGUGGCUCGCGCUUCUCGCAGGUGUUGCUGGCGGUGCCGACUUCAUCUUUAUCCCCGAAUCUCCUCCGCCCGCCUCCGACAAGAAUGGAGGCGGCGGGGGAGGUUGGGAAGACGGAAUGUGCGAUGCCAUCCACAAGCAUCGUAAGAUCGGGAAACGCAAGACCAUAGUGAUCGUCGCUGAAGGAGCUCACGAUGCAGACCUCCAACCGAUUCGCGCGGAGUAUGUCAAGGAGGUUCUAACUGAGCGCUUAGGACUUGAUACGAGAGUAACACAAUUGGGUCACACUCAGAGAGGCGGUCGCCCAUGCGCAUUCGACAGGAUCAUGCCUACGCUUCAAGGGGUAGAGGCAGUGGACGCCUUGUUGGAGUCCACACCUGAUACGCCCUCCUACAUGAUCGGCAUUCAAGAGAACAAGAUUACUCGCGUUCCUCUGAUGGAGGCGGUUGCAAUGACUAAAGCAGUAGCUGAAGCAAUCACGAAUCGAGAUUUCAAGAAAGCAAUGUCUCUGAGAGAUCCGGAAUUUAUCGAGAGUCUCGAAGGCUUCUAUUCAACUUCUGAAUUGAAGGUUAGCGAGCGGCUUCCUUCACACACGUUCAUGAGAGUCGGAAUAAUGCACAUGGGAGCACCAGCGGGUGGGAUCAAUGCUGCCACCCGUGCGGCAGUGCGUUAUUGCCUUCGUCACGGGCAUACACCCCUUGGUAUUCACAACGGCUUCCGUGGCCUUCUGGAUGACAACAUCCAACCCCUUGGUUGGUUGGAAGUCGAUACCUGGAUGGCUCGAGGUGGCUCUGAGCUCGGGACCAACCGCACACUUCCCUCCGUCGAUAUCGGCUGCGUAGCCUCUAAAUUCCAGGCCCACAAACUAUCCGGGCUCCUCCUAAUCGGCGGGUUUGAAGCGUUCGCUGCUCUCCUAGAGUUGGAAGAAGGGAGAAAACACUACCCCUCCUUUAGAAUCCCUAUGGUUCAUCUGCCGGCCACUAUCAGCAAUAACGUCCCGAUGACUGAUUACAGUCUUGGAAGCGACACGAGUCUAAACGCGCUCGUGGAUGCUUGUGAUGCGAUCAAGCAAAGUGCAAGUGCGAGCAGGAACCGUGUGUUCGUCGUAGAGACGCAGGGAGGUAUGUGCGGAUAUCUCGCUACGAUGGGUGCGUUGGCGACCGGUGCCUGCUUGGUAUACACCCCAGAAGAUGGGAUGAACCUAGAUACUCUGCGACGCGACGUCAGAUUCUUGAAGACCCGCUACGCGUUGGACGUCAAAGGCAAGAGUGAAGGACGUCUAGUUAUCAGGAGCGAGCAGGCCUCUUCGGUAUACACGACUGAGUUCAUAACCAAGAUGCUGAAGGAAGAAGGAGGCUCAUUGUUUGACUCGCGUUCUGCCUCUCUUGGUCAUACCCUUCAAGGUGGUAUCCCAUCACCGAUUGACCGCGCUCGUGCCGUCCGUCUAUCCUUGAAGUGUAUGUCCUUCCUCGAGCGCCAGAACGAAGCCCUCCAAGCACAAUCCACCUCUUCUUCUCAUGGACUCACGGACGUCAACGAUAACUCAGGCACCACCAACUACGGCGAAGGCACAGGUCAGGAUACCGAAAUCGGGUACAACAGUACUCGUCACUGGCAUGCGCCCCCUGAGUCAGCGGCGGUGAUCACCAUUCAGAGUAGUUCUAUCAAGUGGGUUCCCGUAAGGGAGAUGGUUGAACAUGCGGAUAUGAAGCACAGGAGAGGGAAGAAGGCGUGGUGGAUCGACAGCGGGGUUAAGGAUCUCGUGGAGUCAUUGGUCGGCAGGCCGCAGCUAGUUGGACUCAAAAUCCCUGGGGUGAGUGCCGGAGCUGCGGCGGAUGAUAUUAAGGCAUGA